AUGAAAUUAAUAUAUUUACUAUUUGUUUCGUUAUUAAAGAUCAAAGCGACAGAGGAAAGAUUAAUUGAGAAAAAUUCGAAAGCAACUACGGAAACAAAAAUAUUCGGCGCACCUGUAGUAAGGCACACGAGAGACGUAUUCGAGGAAGACGCGUUAGCGGAGUUUUCUAAAGAGGAAAACGAACAAAUCGAUCAGUUAACCCAAUCAAAUGGGCUGAAAAUAAGGUCCUAUUACAAAUAUAAUCCGAUGAUCAUACCAGUACCAGUUCAACAGACACGACUUACAAGAGGAUCUAUUAGUAAUGUGACCACAACAAAAAAUAGUCUAAAUAAUAGUACAGAAAAAACGAAAGUAUUAAUUCAGAGACCGAUACCGAAAUUUGACGAAUUGGACGACGAAGAUGACUUUCAAAUGAACAUGGACAAAACUUCAAAUACAUUUAUAGACUCGAAUGAACAUGAAGAUGAAGAUUUCAAUCUCGACGACUAUGACUUUGAUGUGAACCAUGACGAAUUCAUAGGAAGCGGAAAGCCGCUUCAGCCAAGAACGAAAAACAAGGAUUUAGAACAUCAUCAUGUACAAACAGAUUCAACUGAAGGUAAACCACAAAAGGUAGCUUCUGAAAUUAAAGUUAAAAGUAAAAUAUUACCACCUAUAAAUGCUGUCUCUUCAAAUAAGAAACAAAGGCAUGUAACUUUUAAACACAAUAAAGAAAAUAAAGUUAAAUUUGAUGAAUAUUAUGAUGAUGAUGAUGAUGUGAAUCGUAAAGAGGUAAAGAAAUAUACGGAUGAGAUAGUUGAUGAGAAUUACGAAAGCGGUGAACCCGAACGUGGUAUGUCGAACAGAGAUGUUCGGUCACCAUGGAAGAUACACAAAUAUGUCGAUAAGCUAUCGGAGAAAUCACCGACAGCGACAGUUAUGUCUAAGACUUUAAGUAUAUUUCCAACAUUUCCUUAAUUAAUCUGAGAUUGUUAUCUCAGUCAAUGGAAUAAUUAUACAAUAAAAUAUUUAUGGUCCUCAAAUAUCAGUGUGGGUUAUUUUGUAAAAAUCUUGUUUUUUA